CCCAAACAUGAUUCUUGAUAAUCCGAACAGCCACACAUGCAUUACGGCGGUGGCGGGUUAUGUUAUAUUGAUGAAAAUCUGCAGCAUGCGGCGGCGAUUGGAUACAGGCAGCUGCCGCCGCAAAUAAACUAUUUGUACGAACAGCCACCGGCGACCGCUCAGUACUACAUGGACCGCAGAGCCGCAAUGGCGGCGAUGCCGUACAUGGGCGGCGGAGAAUUGCCGCCACUGCCGCCUUCUAUUUAUUUGCAGGUGGACGAGUUCAAAAGCAUCCCGGCGGUGGCGGCUGCUUUUGUGGGCGGCGCGAGCAAUGCGUUUUCAGAUUUCGGGUCUUCCGGUUGUUAUUAUAUAGAAGAGGCGGAAGAUCAAAAGGAGGAUACAUCCACAUUAUUACUUCCGGCGGUGGCCGGGGACGGUGAUUUGCCACUGUUAGAAUCUUCUCAAGAGGAGCUCACCGGGGUCAGAUCUUUGGUUAAGCAGACAAGGAGAAUGGCCGACUAUUUUUAGCCAUCAGAUUGAAGAAUUAAUGGUAAAUGAUUAAGGGUCUCAUUUUUUAAUUGAUGAACAUGCAUUUUUACAUUGAUAUACUUUUGUAAUCCCUUUAGCCUUUAGGGCCUAUUUGUUUUUGGAUAAUCUCACAUGUCAUGAAUCUCAUGCGCAUUCUUGUUUUUGGUUAUUCUCCAUUAAUAAGUAAAAUCACAAAUUAUUUACUUUAAAUAAA